ACUUGAUCAUAUUAUUUGUAUUCACUCAUAAUACCGGUGUAAGGCUUUUAUUUUGAAACAUCAAUGCAAUGCUGCUGAAGUCACACUAUUCCAGUAACUCAACGGUGCAAAAUAUAUUCAUGAACGCGAUAGUGGUUUGUUUCUGUUAGGAACUUUACGUCAAUGAAUUGGUUUGGAUUUGGUUUUAAUGGUUUUGGACAAAUAAACCCCCAGAGAAAAGAUGAAGAGCAGGACAUUAGACUGCUCAGUCCAGUGGCUCUGGACUCUUUGUGCACUUGUGCUGAGACAGAAACACAUAAAAUUGUUGCAAGUUGGAGCCGAAGUGCUGUCAUCCACACAGCCGGUGAGCGCCGGUGUGUGUGUCUCCAUGGAGGAGAGAGUAGUGUGAUGGUGUCGGAGAGUGAAGGGUGUGAGGAUGCUCUCCUCACUGAGAGCUGUUUAACCCUCAGCUUUACUCACACUGUCCAGUGCUGGAGUUUACACAGAAACGGAAGAGCUCUUGUUUGGAGUGGAGAACUGAACACUACUGAAAACACUGGGACUGCUCUACCAUUACCAUUGGUUCCAGGGGGAUAUAUAGCCUCCAAACCUCCAUUUUUUCGGCCCCUCUCUCGCCAUCUGCAGGCAGUGAGCCUGGCACUAGGCACUGAGCACGCUGUUCUACUCACAGCCUCUGGGACUGUUUACACCUGGGGACAUGGCAGUCAUGGUCAGCUGGGUCAUGGCACUCUGGUGUCAGAGGAUGAGCCUCGAGCAGUAGAGGCUCUGUGGGGAGUCCCGAUGAAAUCUGUCGCUGCAGGAGGCUGGCACUCAGCAUGCAUCAGUGCUGGAGGAGAUCUGUAUGUAUGGGGCUGGAACGAGAGUGGCCAGAUUGGCCUGCCAUCGAAAGGCCUCAGAGAAGAGAGACAGGGAGAACAAGAAACGAUCGAGAAAGACAAACUGAAGGGGGGAAAAAAGGAAGACGAGGGCACCAGCGAUGUGUUCAUCUCAAUUCAGGCGUUCCCGGCUCUGGUGGAUGUAUCAGAAGCGGCUGAAAUUAACAAGGUCAGCUGUGGAUCCCGUCAUACAGCGGCCAUCACGAGCACUGGUGAUCUCUACACCUGGGGAUGGGGUCUCUAUGGCCAGUUGGGUCAUGGUUCAAGAUGCAGUUCAGAUGAACCAAAAAUUGUGGAGUUUUUCUCAGAUGGUAGAAUGAGUGUGGAAGAUGUUAUCUGUGGAUUAUGGAACACGUUUGUGUUAGCAGUUUCAAGGGACCAGGUCGCACCCUGACCCAAACUUAUACUACUGUAUCUCCUGCCUAAGGACCUUUCACCUUUGUUAAGCACUCAGCAACGCAGAAAUAAAGGAAACGUACAAGCAUUUAUCAAAUAUACAAAUACAUGUCCAAACAAACAGUUAAUAAGAGUUAACAAGAGUUAAUAAGAAUAGAGAAAAUAAAAAUCUUUGCUAUUACAAAGGCAGCUGAAAUACAGAUACGGGAAAAAAAAACAACCACAGUUAAUGUUACAGUAGUACUUUUGGGUGAAGAGCAAAGUGCAUGUGUGUUGAAAAUGAGCUGGGCGUAAAAAAAAACAAAAAAAAAAAGUCUUUGGUUCUCAGUUAUCUUCACAGCACAAUCUUGAAGGAACUAGAAAGUACAAUAUUUAGUUAGUAAAUGGCACAACAGACAUGACUGGAGGUAAACGUUCAAAUACAACAUAUUUAAAUACAAUAAAACUAGGUUUCUUACCUAACAAAAUCUGGAGACCUGGAGAUAACAUGCUGGAAUUCAGAGAGGUUUACAGUCCCAUCUUUAUCAAUGUCUGAUUCCUCAAGAAUCUGUCAAUUAAAAAAUAUGCUCAUUAUAAGAGCCGACUUUUUCUAAGUCUCUUACAGCAGCAGAGGAACAAAAGGUCUAACUGUAAUAAUGAUAAAAGUUUAAGUGUGUGUGUGUGUAGCAUAUUCACAUUGUUUAUGAGCUGAAUCAUUUCCUCAGGAGAGAGUCUCGUGUCUGCAGACUCCCCAGUCAGACAGUUCACCAACUUCUCGAGAUCUCCAGAAUCAAGUGUCCCAUCAUCAUCAAAAUC